GCUUUCAAUCCAUUAUAUCGUUUUUCCGAAGUCGUUGAUGCUCCAUCUCAAUGAUUUUUAAUAUAGUUUUGGAUAAUACGUGAAACUUUUUGAGAUUUAUUUGAUUCAAAUAAAUAUAUAUGUAUGAAGGAAGGGUGAUAUUUAUGUUGUCAAUUUUGAAACAACGAACAUUUAAACGGUGUCAAGAACAGUGUAAAUAACCAAAACUCUCAUCAAAGAUAUUAAUUUAUUUUCAAAUUAAAUAAUGUGAAAGUUCGAAUUUGUUAAUUUUUCUAAAUAAAAAUUGAAGAUUCUUGAUCAUUUUAUGUGGAUUAAAAAAUGAAUUGAAUUAUUUUAAGUUUUCCGCGAAUUUUCAUUUGAUGACCGUUGUGAGUUUUUCCAAUGGCGCAUGCACGGCUCAGCUGUGUGCAAUCGCGACCAAUUUACGUAGAAAAAUAAUGUAUUUUAUAGUAUUUUUAUUCAAUUAGACGAAGUACUGGACACGGUAUUCGUGAUAUUAGGAAACAUGGACUGCCCAUUUAAUAUUGCUACAGUGCAUAAUUUUUGCUCAUAUUACAUGUAGCCUUUUGUUUUACAUUAUUUUUGAUGCAUCAAAAAGAAAACAUUUUUGAAGGAAAUUAUUCUUAGCUUGUAAUAGGAGAAAUGGAUGUAAUACGAGAUGAAGACAGGCGCAGGCGCCUGAGGGUGCUGGAAGAACGUAUAAAAGAUCCAAGAAGCAUUACAAAUAUUGAUUGCUUAUUGGAUACAGUUCAAGCCCUGGUGGCAGAUUGUGAUCAUCCCAGCGUUAAACGUAUGAAAAAUAUAGAAGCAUAUAUGAAUAGAUAUGACUCAGUAGCUCAAGAUAUUUGUAAAAUGCGAAUGCGUACAGAUGAUUUCACUUUAAUAAAAGUAAUAGGUCGUGGGGCAUUUGGGGAAGUACAGUUAGUGCGACAUAAAUCUACACAAAAAGUGUAUGCUAUGAAAUUACUCAGUAAAUUUGAAAUGAUCAAACGAUCAGAUUCAGCAUUUUUUUGGGAAGAACGUGAUAUAAUGGCACAUGCCAAUUCACAGUGGAUAGUUCAACUUCAUUUUGCAUUUCAAGAUCAAAAAUAUCUAUACAUGGUAAUGGAUUAUAUGCCAGGUGGUGAUUUAGUGAACUUAAUGUCAAAUUAUGAUGUACCAGAAAAAUGGGCAAAAUUUUAUUGCGCAGAAGUGGUGCUUGCAUUAGAUGCAAUACAUCUUAUGGGAUUUGUUCAUAGAGAUGUAAAACCAGAUAAUAUGUUACUUGACAAGCAUGGUCACUUAAAACUUGCAGAUUUUGGCACUUGUAUGAGAAUGGAUAUUGAUGGUCUUGUUCGAUCUGAUACUGCAGUAGGUACACCUGAUUAUAUAUCACCUGAAGUACUUCAAUCUCAAGGUGGUGAAGGUGUAUAUGGAAGAGAAUGCGAUUGGUGGUCAGUUGGUGUAUUUUUAUAUGAAAUGCUUGUUGGCGAUACUCCGUUUUAUGCAGAUUCAUUAGUUGGAACAUAUUCAAAAAUCAUGGAUCAUAGAAAUUCAUUACAUUUUCCACAAGAAGUUGAUAUCUCUCACUCUGCCAAGAAUUUGAUAUGUGGCUUCCUUACGGAUAGAACUAAACGUUUGGGUAGAAAUGGUGUGGAAGAAAUAAAAAAUCAUUUAUUCUUUAAAAACGAUCAAUGGACAUUUGAAAAUUUACGAGAAUGUGUGCCUCCUGUCGUGCCAGAACUUUCUGGUGAUGAUGAUACUAGCAAUUUUGAAGAUGUUGACAAAGAAGAUGGACCAGAGGAAAGUUUUCCAGUACCAAAAGCAUUUUCGGGAAAUCAUUUACCUUUUAUUGGUUUUACAUAUUCAGGAGAUUAUCAAUUAUUAGCUUUUAGUGGGAAAGAAUCAGUAGAUGGAUUAGAAAAUCAUAUCAAUAAUGGUACAAGUGAUGAUAUAAAAAUUUCUCAAUUAGAAAAUUUAUUGGAUAAAGAAAAAAGGCAAGUAGAAUCUUUGGAAUCAAGGCAAAAAGCUUUGACAACACAAUUGGAAGUUAUGACACGUAGAGAAACUGAAUUACGAGAAGAAAUAGGUAGAGCUGACAAAGAAUUAACUUUGUUAAGACAUAAUUAUAAAGAAGCACAACGUAGGGUAGAACAUGAAACUGAAUCACGUAGAAAAGCAGAAUCAUUAUUUGUAGAAUUGAAAAAGAAGUUUGAUGAAGAACAGACAAAAAGAGCACGUGAUGCAAGUAAUUCACAACAAACUUCUGAACGUGUAACUAGUUUAGAAAAACAAAUUAAAGAAAUGCAAUCGAAAUUAGAAAGAGAAACGGAAACAGUUACAAGAUUACGGAAACAAGCUACGGAAAUUACUGUUGCUCGUCAAGCUGCAGAACAAAUGGCAAAUGAAUUACAAGUGGCAAGAGCACAAUUACAAGCGCAACGAGACAAUUUACAACAGGAAGUAGUUACAUUACAAGGACAAUUGUCGAAAGAACGUAGUUCUCGAUCACAAGCGUCAUCGCUAACUGCCGAAUUAGAAAGCCGUCUCUCUGCUCUUCAUCUCGAACUUGAACACAGUCGAGAAAAAGAGGAAAAAGCAAUCAUGGAUAAUAGACAAUUAACUGAAAAAAUUUCAGCAUUGGAAAAAGAAGCUGCAAGCUUAACUCUUGAAUUGAAAGCUGCUCAAGCUAGGUACAAUCAGGAAGUCGUAGCUCAUCAAGAAACAGAACGUUCACGUAUAUUAUCUAAAGAAGAAGCUAAUUUAGAAGUUGUCAAGGCAUUACAAGCAAAAUUAAAUGAAGAGAAAAGUGGAAGACAACGUGCUGAAUUGCUUGCACAAGAAAAGGAAAGACAAACUUCUAUGCUUUCUGUGGAUUAUCGGCAAAUACAACAACGAUUACAGAAACUAGAGGGUGAGCAUAGACAAGAAAUGGAAAAAGUAAAAGUGCUACAGGGUCAGGUUGAACAAGAACAGCAGAAAAGAAACGUUCUGCAGACUGACUUGGCUCAGCAAUCAUCCGAAGCAGGACGUUUACGUGCUAGGGAACAACAAUUAGUUGGUGAAGUUGCUCAAUUAAGGGAAGCAAAACGACAAAUAGAAGAGGAAUUACAUCAUUUAAAAACUCAAAGAAAUGUAGAUCAAUUACAAACUAAAGAAUUACAAGAGCAAUUAGAAGCAGAAGCUUACUUUUCGACACUUUAUAAAACACAGACUCAAGAACUUCGAGAAGAACUUGAUGAAAAAAUACGAUUACAACAAGAAUUGGAAGAAGAACGUAGUUCUUUAGUACAUCAAUUACAAUUAUCCCUAGCAAGAGGAGAUAGUGAAGCUUUGGCAAGAUCAAUAGCUGAAGAAACUGUUGCAGAUCUUGAAAAAGAACGAACAAUGAAAGAAUUAGAAUAUAAAGAUGGAGUAACUAAACAUCAUCAAGAAUUAAAUGCAAAAGAACAAAUUAUAAAUCGGCUUAAAGAUAGUGAAAGUGAACUCAAGAAAAAUGUUGAUCAAUAUCUCAAAGAAAAAGAAGAUUUAAAUAAACGGUUUAAAGAAUUGCAAGAUCAACUUUCUAAGGCACAAUCUAAUGCAGAGGAAAUAGAAAAACUCAGCAGUAAAUUAAAAACUGAACAAUUAUUGAAACAACAAGCAGUUAAUAAAUUAGCAGAAAUUAUGAAUAGAAAGGAUUUAUCUUCAAGCGGUAAAUCUAAGAACAAAGCAUCUGCAGCAGAUUUAAGAAAGAAGGAAAAAGAUUGUAGACGUUUGCAACAGGAGCUUACUCAAGAAAGAGAGAAAUAUGGACAAUUAGCAGCUAAAUGGCAAAAAGAUUUACAAGAUUUACAAGCUCAAUUGGUGGAAGAAAAUCAAGCAAAAUUGAGAUUGCAAAUGGAACUUGAUUCGAAAGAUUCUGAAAUAGAAACCUUACAAAUGAAGAUUGCUUCACUCAAUUCAGAAACAGCUAGUGUUUCGUCUGUGGAAAACGAUGGAGAGGAUUCUGUUUUAUCAGAACAUGGAACUAUGCGAUUAGAAGGUUGGUUAAAUGUGCCAAAUAAACAGAAUAUUAAAAGGCACGGAUGGAAGAAACAAUAUGUUGUCGUCUCUUCAAAGAAAAUAAUAUUUUAUAAUAGCGAAAAUGAUAAAUUAAAUGCUGAUCCAGUAUUGAUAUUGGAUUUAAAUAAAGUCUUCCACGUUAGAUCUGUUACCCAAGGUGAUGUCAUUCGAGCCGAUGCCAAAGAUAUUCCGAGGAUUUUUCAGUUAUUAUAUGCUGGCGAAGGCGAAGCAAGACGUCCUGGAGAUGAAGGAAAUACACUGCCUGGAGUGGAAUUGCCACAACUUACUGAUAAACCAGGCACGCAAUCAUUAAAAGGUCAUGAAUUUGUAUCAAUAUCGUAUCAUAUGCCAACUACUUGCGAAGUAUGUUCGAAACAAUUAUGGCAUAUGUUUCGACCACCGCCAGCUCUCGAAUGUCGACGAUGUCGUAUAAAAGUACAUAAGGAGCAUUUGGACAAAAAGGAGGAUGCCAUAGCACCGUGUAAAUUACAUUACGAUCCAAAUAGCGCCCGCGAAUUAUUAAUUUUGGCUGGUAGUCCUGAUGAACAAAAAUAUUGGGUCGCAAGACUGUCUAGACGUGUACAAAAAUGUGGCUACAAGGCGAACUCGCACGUCGAUGGUACGGGACAGCGUGUCUCGCCAAGAGAAUCUACGAGAUCCACCUUGAAGCCAUAUUUAUCAGUGCAACAAAGAUCCGCAACUCUACCAGCAAAUGCCAGUAUGGGCAAGUGACCUUAGCUAGCAUCGAUAACACUCGAUUGGAAUUCGUUAUUUCGACGCCUUUCCUAAUCGAUUAAUUUAAACAUAUAAAUUCGAUUAGUUGCUCAGAUAAAUGAUUUAUAAUAGGAUCUAAAUAUGUAAAAAUAAUUUUCGAAACUCUGUGUUAUCUGGAUAAUUUGAGAAAUCUGGAUAUUUUGAGAAAUCUGGAGUUCAUGUGUCUUAAAAGCAUCCGAUCCGAAAUAUAUACAGAAUCAUGUGUUAUUAUCAACUUUUUAACGAGUACAAGGACAUUCAACGAAAUUAUUCGUUGAUACGUUUACUUGUAUUGAUCGUUAUUUGUAGGUACAUAUUUGUUAAACGAAUUAAAUGUGCCUUUGAUAUAAUCUGACGAUGAUGGAACUCAAAUGAUUGAAAAGAAGUUAAAGAAGUAAAGCUCAUUAGCAAAUGUCAUAUAAUGAAAAUUUCCAAGAAACGAGAUGAUUAUGUAAUUAAUGAGCAGAAGUAUGCAGCUGUUAUUAAAAAAUGAUAAUAAUACUGUUUAUAUAUAAGAGCAGUGAUCGUAACAAAUUUGAAUACGUGGACCGCGUUUUUUAGAUUUAUUGUACUAUGAGCAAACUCAUCAGUUGAUUUGUAUAGUCUCUCUAAGAGGCCGUCAUCAUAUGUUGUUUUAUAAAUAUUUUUUGUAUGAACGAAUAGAUCGACUUUUUAUGAUGAUUUAUUUUUUUCGUAGACGCUUACAAUUAAUGACUUUCCUGUACAUAAAUUAUAAUUGUAAGAACUGCUUUUUCAUUUGAUCAAGCGGUUUAUUGACUUUCGCGAUCGUGAAAAAAAAGUGGAUAUCACGAUGCGAAGAGAAAUCGUUAUUUGUGCGAUAUUGUAUAAUUUGUUCCGUUCCUUUAUUUAAAACGCGCAUUUUAAGAACUUGGUAAUAUUUUUGUGUAUUUACUACGCCACAUCGAUAGUAUUAUUAUUUCUAUGAGAUUAAAGAUAUUUAAUGACUAUUAUGUUAAGAAGAAAAGAAGAUUUGACUCGUGCAAGAAAAAGGACACAUUGUAUCCAGUUGGUUAGAAUGGCCGUCAAAGUUUUUUUUUUAGCAAUGAGAAUGCAUCGAUAAAUAAUAUCGAUAGUAAAUAUAGAACAAAUAUUGAAAAUUUUGUAUCACGAAAUUAUAUAAGAGAUAUAAGAGAUGAUACAUCUUUCGAAUUUUGAAAUUCAUGAUUAGACUAUUUUAAAUUUUUAAAUCAUUAAUACAAAUAUAUUUUUAGGACCUUCGAACCUUCCAGAUUUUUCAAUUUUUGUUUUGUUUUUUUAUUUUUAUAUUUAUCAGUGGGAAAUUUGUAUUUUAAAUCUUUAAUUCAUAUUUUCGAAGAUUUUCAAAACAUUCAAAGAUCCAAUAGGCGCUUUACAUAUUUCAUGAAUCUUUGUUAUCGCUGCCAUGUAUUAGUUAGAAUAUAUAUGCAGAUUGUGAUUAAGCAAAAAAAAAAAAGUGACAAAAUGAAA